GAAUGGUAUAAUCAGUGGCUAAGAAAACUGCUCUUGCUCUCCUCUCUUCUCUUCGUCAUGUGAACGUCGCUUUGCCGCCAUGAUCAGCCACUUCCUCAUCCUUUUAUCAAUACUUUACGAUGUGGUGUCUGAAAGUACCGUCAUCUGCAGGAACUACAACGGAACUGUAGUGCCCUUUGGUGCGUCCUACUUGAAGACAGUGUGUGAGGAGUGUGAGUGUUUAGGUGCUGAUGAGAAUGGAGAGGAUAUGGGACCGUGUUUUGAGAAGGGGUAUCAGUGUCCUUGUGAUACGCUGUGCUGUCGUGCCAACUGCUCUGAUGAUGUGACAGAUCCUCAUGAUGCUUUCAAAAACACUGCGCUCAACUCAAACUACUCCAUCAUCAUAUCAGUUGGGGUUGCUACCCUGGUGAUUGUGUUGGGACUAUUGUUCUACUUGUAUAGACGCCGCGUUACCAGUUAUGUUCGUGUCACCAGAAGACUUUACAUGGAGCGACAAAUGUCAGCACCCAAGCCCCCGUCCCCAGAGUUACCCCCGAAUUACGAGGACAUUGCUGCGGACGGUGGGCCAGCUAACCGGACAAUGCCUCCCCCAUAUGAGGAACUAGUGCCCCCCUACAGUUUACUAGCUCUUCAGAGACAUGAUCAGAUAGACAAUCGCAAUGUUACUCUCGGUCACCCAGUCCCAAUACAACUUUCUGGCAUCGCCUAGCUUGCGUACCAGUGAUAGCGCGCCUCCUGACGCACAAGAAUGACGUGAUGUCUUUGUUUUGGUACUGACCCUCGGUUGUGCACGUGGCGAAGGCGUGAAAGUUAUUGUAUUGCAUAUUUGGAGAGAGCUGUCAGUCCUGUCUUACAUUUUGAUAAUUUCUGCACUUUGGAAACUCAGCAGUUAGUGGCUGACUGAUCUGUACACUCCUAUUCUCGGCCACAACACUACACCAGGGAGACGCCAACAAAUCCUAAUUAAGUGCUGUAAAAUUCUGCAUUGUCGUAUUGUGUUGCAAGUAUUUUGACAGACGUGCAAUACACAGCACAUAUAAUUGGAAUUUAUAAUCCGACCUGUUGUGUGUGAGUAUAUUGUGUGCUGUUGGCUUCGCAUAUUUUCUAGCGCUUUUUAUCACUGUUGGUUAUCGCUGAGAUGGUAGUUAAAUUACCUCCAGAUAGGGUGGGGCUUUGCUCAUUGAUGACCCGACCUUUAUUUUGCUGGUCAAAGUUUCCAACUCUUAAAAUUUGCUUUGGCCGAGAGACAUGGCUAUUGAAAAAUUUUAAAUCAUUGUUUUUAACUGUUUUUGUUAUUGAGUAAUAGUUUUUUAUCAUCGGGUUGAAGGUUAGACUGUAAAAGAUUAUAUGAUGAUGUAGCCGGUAGCGCCUGUAAUUGUACUCUUGUAGGCAAUAGAAUUUUAAAUCAGCCUCGAUUAUAUUUUAGAUUUAGGCAUAUUCAGUCAGAUUUUCAAAGGUUUUACAAAUUGAACAUCGAACUUCAGUUCGUACUUCGUGUCAAUUAAAUUUCAUGUAAUCAAUUGUAAUCUUAGAUAUAAUACUGGUGCUGAAAUCUUUGAUCUAUAAACCUGGCCCUUAUCGUAUAUUCACUAGAUCUUUAUAUCAUGAAGCAGAUGUGCCGGCACUCAAUUUUAAAUCUGUUUGAUGAGAAGGUGGGGAGAUUGCACACGUGACAUCUUUUAACCAAUCCGCUCUGAGAUACAUCCACUUAAACAUGAAGUUAGCUGACACCUGUCAGACUGAUAUCUCCUCGCUGGCUGUUCUUUAGACGCUACUAGACUAGAUACUUCUUUCUUUAUACACCAUUAAAAGGAGACGUCUGUAAAAGUCAUAUAACAAUAAGUGCUACACGGGAUUAGAAUGUUAGACUUUCAUUACACUCUCCUAAAGCUCAAGAGUUUAACAUUUGUAAUUUGACUCGGAGCUACUUAUUUCAUCACGUACUCUCUUAUAGCUCAAGAGUUGAAGUCUGUAAUUUGGCAAAGUUCCAAAUGUAAGCUAGUCGCCGUUUGUUCAUGCUAGCCCUGCAAAACAGAUAUAUCCUCCUUUCUUCUCAUUACAUUGUUAUUACAUUGCUGUCUUUUUUAUUACUAUCCUGCUUUUAUACAGUUUUAUAGCGUCGAUAUCAAAAUUCCGAACCUGACUUUUCCAAGAGCGGGUGUUGUUUUAUGAUAUUGAUAAUAGGGGCUGCCAAAACGUUACUUUAUAAACAUUGCUGAACUAAUACAAAACGUCCGGUAAAAUACCCAUCGUGCCUUUCUGUUCUGUCAGUGGUUGUAUCACUAUGGAAAAACUGACAUAAAACAUAGUUUUGAUAGUUCAUAAGAAAUUGAAACAGCAGUGUAAACAUAAAUUCAUGAGACCUAUCGUAGACUAAAACAGUUUUGGCACCCCCUAAAUAACGAUAUGAACAUGAGAUUUUAAGACAAUUUACCUUUCAGAUUAAAAGUUAUUUAAGUGUUACAGUUGUAUAAAUUAAUAUUUGAAAUGCCGCGUAAUAUAUCUCUACCGGUAUAUAUCAUGAUGAAUUGUAUAAUUGCCAAGUCCAUCUUAUCUAAAGCAGAUUUAUGUUAUUUGUUUAGAUUUUAACAAAUGUUUGUGAACUAUUCGUCGUUGAAAGUGUCCAAAAUAACCCUGACCACUAUCGGAUAGGCAGAAUAAAAUCAUAAACAGACGUUAAACAAAAAUCAAACAGUCAGAAAAGAAAACAUUAUAAAUAAUGAGCAUUUUGAAUAAAAAGUCUAUACCUCACAAAAUUAUCUCACCAAACAUGAUCUCAAAAUCGAAUCCUAAAAAACUAAUACCCAAUAAUAUGUGAAGCUGAAAUGAUUUAAAAGACCAUUAACCCCAGAUAACCGCACCCAGAACACAUGCAGUACUAGCAGGUGAGAGGAUGGCUCUAAACUGGAGUACCACAGCAGAGGACGUCCUGCCCUCCAAGGACCUGACCGGCUACAUCACCAUCAUCACCGGCUCUAACACCGGACUGGGGCUGGAGACAGCCAGGGUGCUCUGUAAACAGAGGGCUCUGGUGGUAUUCGCGUGUAGAGAUGUGGAGAAGGCACAGCAAGCUGUAGCAUCUCUCCCGACCGAGUUUAAGACAGACGUUAUCAGACUCGAUCUAGCAAGCUUGGCUUCUGUUAGGGAGUUUUCGAGAACCUUCGCUUCCCGUUACCACAAAUUAGAUAUUCUUAUCAACAACGCUGGUGUAAUGGCAUCGCCUUAUCUCAAGACUUCAGAUGGUUUCGAGUUACAGUUGGGAGUGAACUACCUGGGCCACUUCCUCCUAACCAACCUGCUGCUCCCUCAGUUAGAAGCAGCAGAGGAGGGGAGAGUGGUCAAUGUCAGUAGUAUGGGUCACCGCCUCAACAUCCUCAAACUAGAUGACUUGAACUGUGAGCGCUAUUCCACCUCACGCCUCUACCCCUUAUACUACAAGUGGAUACAGUAUGGUAACAGUAAGGUAGCUCAGAUACUGCACGCUAUUGAGCUGAACGCGCGGCUCCGCGAGCGCGACUCUAAAGUAACCGUGUACUCCCUCCACCCUGGCGCUAUACUGACUAACUUGUUCCAGUAUGUGCAAAUAGUGUACUGGCUGAUGUGCAUGUUCAGCUUCCUGUUUAAGUCUGUACAACAAGGAGCCGCUACUUCAGUCUUCUGUGCCAUACACCCUUCCGUUAAGAACUACAGUGGCGGCUUCUUUAAAGACUGUAAGAUUAUGGGAGCUACAUUGCCACGUAAAGCUAAUGAAAAAGCUGCCAAACUCUGGGAACUGAGCGAGGAGUUGGUCAGGGAAAAGUGAUGACUUUAGUGGGUGCUUUAUUGUAUGUUUUCUAAUAUUGUCUUGUUUUGAAUCCAUUUGAUUUUAUAUUUGAUCUAACCUGUCUAUUACGUUAUUACAUUGGGUUAUUAAUGAUUAUGUUAGUUUUAUAUUCGCCGGUUAGUUUAUGUGAGAUUUAAUUAAAUAAAGUAUUAAAUCACAGCACAACGAACAUGUGACCGUAGCAUGGUCUAUUAUAGAUCACUACACCAAUCUUUUGUUUACGUCAACUAGAAUAAAAUCACCUACUAUAACAAUAAAAUGAGUGCGCAAUUUGUGUUAAUAUAAUAUCAUUAUCUUAUACACAAGCAUCAAGCAUCACAUCUUUACAUUGCCUCUCUCAUGCACAUUAUACUUGCUUGGCAACUGCGACAGUGGAAUACUUGCACAUCUGGACGAGUCUCCAGUGAUAUUAUAUUAUUCAGACAUAACAUAAUUAUAUGUAGUACGGUUUGAGGUCUUGUGGCUUUGUUUACAAAGCUAUAUAAUGUUAGAUUUUAUCCGAGUUAUAUCAUCAGUUAAAUUAGAUCUACCUUUUAUUGUGGUCACAAGAUUCGCAUCAUGAGUAAUUAUAUAGAUAUAGGUGUAUGUAAGAGUGCAUGGUCUCGUUUGGCUCCCUUAAUCUAGGAGUAUUCGUCUUAAUAAUAUGUAA